AAGUCUAUUAACGUCAGCAUGAAGCUCCUAACUCUCAUUUCUGCAUUCGCAACUGCGACUCUGGUGUCCGCAGACCAAAGGGCUCAACUUAGUGCCCCUGAUGGUUCCCUCCAUCAUCUGAGUGCCCGGGACGGCACAUGCCCCAGACCCAUGUGCAAAACACCCGCUUCUCAAGGGCCAAAUGACCCUCCCGCCUGCGGCGACUCAUACACAGCGUGCAAGUUUGACCAGUUCCCUUGCGAUGAGCACUUUAGUCCCAAGGUGACUGACACUCACCAUUGCUACUGCAUUUUGGCCAACAAGAAGGCAAUGGAUGCGUAUUGCCAGGAACGGGGAUUCAAGAGUGGUACCAACCCUUGGAAGUACUACUACGCGGUUGAGUGCCACGGCGCUGUCAGUAACCAGGUUUGUAACAAGGAUUGUCAUGACCAGGGCCGCGGCAAUGGCAGAAUCGACAAAGCUCAUCCGAAUGGGGCGUGUGCAUGCGACAAGCCUAACCCACCUUACGAUACAUGCAAGGCUUGAG